AUGAGUCCUCACAAGAUGCUCUAUGACCGUUGGUUCCAUCAGCAGACAUGUCCACCGCCAGUUCAGUGGAGCGGAAAGGCUAUUAAUCAGCGUGGACAGAACGCUUGGAUUAUUGAGGCCAGCGUAAAUGGACGUACAGUUGCCCAAUCGCAACACUCGCAAAAAGAAAUGGCAGAAAACGACUCAAAAGAGUUCCCUUUAGUCGAGUGCUUGAGUGACCAAGACUAUCAGGCAUCUUGA